AUGCGCCUAGCAUUAACCGUGGGUACCACAUCAAAUAAAUAAUAUUUGUUGUUCUGAGCCUGCUUUUUAUGCAAACCAAUUUUUAGCGUUAGCUAGAAAAAAAAACAACGGUUUAUUCAUCAGUGAGACAGAACCAGCGAAAUAUUUUUGUCUAUUUAAAUUCGUGUUGUAUUAUCAUAACACACGACUCGUCCAUCCAUCCAAUGACACACUGUCGACUAGUCUACAGUCAGCCUAGCCCUAGGAUUGAGAAAGUCGUACGUAAAAAAAGUCAAUAUGAUUAUCCAUACUUAUAGUACUAAUGCAUGUGAUUUAAUAUUUGAAGAAAAUAAUUAUUUAAAAUAGGUCUGUAUGUCAGCAGGACUAUUAUAAUUAAGGUAUUUAAUUAAGUAAAAGUCAAUGCUGCCUCUAAGAGAGUAAGAGUCAACUGCCAUCCAGCCUGAUUCUUCUACUCUAGUACUAGUACUCUAGGUCUAGUUCUAGACUCCAGUUAUAAAAAAAAUACUAUUACCACUACUAGUGAACUCUACCUAAUACGCUCUGGAUGUAGGUCAUACUGCUUUUUAGGUAAAUUUACACAUUCUGUGCCACUUAUUUCCCCACUGCCGUUGCCAUGUCCCAUCAACCAAGACGUUGGCUGUGUAAAAACACGUCUGCUAUCAUGGGAAGAGGAAAGAGAGAAUGCUGUUUUAGCCAAUUACAGAGAGAAAAGAAAAUAGGAACAAAAUGAUAAAAUUGAAUUAAAUAAUUUAAGUCAGUACAUUUAAUUUGGUUGCAAAUGUUACUGUAGCAACUUUAUUGUAUCCCUCUAGAUUGCCGCAAGAAGUCUCAAUGACCUGCGGCCCGCCGCCCCCUUGACAUAAUGACAUUUUCUCAUUCACCUGUUAAAGCUUUUCUCCACCCUCUCCUCAUUACGACCACUCGCAGUGGACUUAAUUGUCUUUUCUGUUCUUUUUUGCCUGAAUUUAAUCUCCCACCUACGACUUAUAGUUAUGAUCUGUCACAUUCUUCUUGCUAUCCUCUCGGAUACUUACGUCAUUAUAGCUAAGUGUUAUUUUUAUUUAUUUCCGUUGUUACUGUUGGUUGUUUGCUGAUGAAGGCUUCUUGGCAACACAUUCGUUGUUUUGUUGUGUUCUUUUUUUUUCAGGUUUUCCCGUACUUUGUUUCAUUCUUUUCCAUUAUUAAUGAGCCUAAGAGUAAGGCCUAACUUAGUAGGUGUAUUUGAAGGCUAAAAUUAAUAACACUUUGAGUACUAGUACACAGCUGAGGGGAAUUCUUCUUUUGAGAUAACAUGGUCAUUUUAAACUCAGACCAUUGCCUGUAAGACCACAGUCCUUAGUAGUUUGUUAGAAGGUUCCCAGAACUUUUUGUACAUCUCUGUCAUACAUGGCCAUAGGUGACAGCAGAUAAAUUCCAGAUGAGGGCAAAACAUCAGGGUGUGGACAUCAGUUCCUCCAAGCCAAAAUGAGCAGUGUCACCAAUGCAGUCCUUAACUUGGAAAUUUGUGAUUUGGCUUCUCCCAUCUAUCUUGUUUAAGCAUCUUGUUGCGGGGUACAGAAAUGCUUCUAUAUUCAGGUUUCCCUUUUUUAUUUCCACUGGGGCUUCAGUCUUCUUGUAAUAGGUGGUAGUGUGUGGAUGAUGAACCAUGGCUGCUCCUUCAUCAGGUUGUUGUUUUUAUAACUGGCUGUUAUUCACUACAACAUUAAGUUAUUUUAUUUGUUAAAAAAUUGACUCAAUUGUCAUUUAUCUUUGCAGCUUUGCAACUGUCUCUUCCUUGUUUGCUAUGCUCAUUUCACAUAAUUCUUAGUUUGAUUUUGUUGACUGCCUAGUUACCUCCAAAUUCUGAAGCCCAAUUUUUUUUCCCUUUCAUUAACUUGGGUUUUCUUCUAUUUGCCAUUUGCUGAAGACUAUUUUUGUUCUAUAUUUCAAACUUUCUCAUAUCUUGUUAUAAAUGUUUUGUUAAUAAAUAGUUUUGUUUUAAAGAAAGAAACACUCAUUUAAAUGCUCAUUUAAAUCGCUCAAUAGGAACAAAAAUCAAUACUUAUUAAAUUUAAUUUUUAUAAAUUUAGAAUAAUAGUAUCUAUUUUGCCAUCUAGAGAUUAUUAGAGAUUUUUUUAAAACUCAAUAAGUGUACUAUCUGAUUUAUUUACUAUGAUUUAAAGUGUAUUCUCAUCUAGGCUAGUGGUCAUUAGUCAAAAGAGCCAAAAAUCAGCAGCAGCAGGGCAAUUAAAAUGUUUUUGAGAGUCAAAUUUCUUGUCAGAACCAUGUUUUUCGGAGUCAAAACCGAUUUAUGGCAGACUGGCCGAGCCGCACUCAGGUUGCCAAAGAGCUGCAUGUGGCUCAAGAGCCCCGAUUUGUCGACCACUAACCUAGGGUUAGCUGCAAGACUUUGUGAUUGCCCACUUAGGGCUAAUUUGUUUUAAUUUUGUAUUUUAGUAGCUUAUUAUAUAGUUCAAUUAUAACAGCAAAUCUAACACAAUUAUUAUUAUUGUUAUUUUUCUUUACUGCUAUAUUCACAAAAUGAUGUUUUCAUGAAUUGACACACUGGCUGAUUAUCUAGGCCUUGAUAAUGUUUAAGAGGUAUACUUGUUAUAUGAAAUCCAUUAAAACGUGCAAACGAAAAUUAUCGCUUAUAACGCAAUCGGCGUAUAUUGCAAAAUCUUAACUUUAAAAAUAAAAAGCCCUAAAAUUCCAUGUCUGCGUUGGACGCAGUCUAUUAAUCUUGUUCCAUAACAUAAUUAGUAUGUUUAGAAUUAACUAAAUAAAUUUUUAUUUUAAAAUUAAUAUGCUAAAAUCCUUAAAAUAUUAUAUUUUUUAAAAUGAGCUGUGGUCUUAUCUAUACAACUGUGCUGAUAUCCUGUAAAAGUGGCACUGCUUACCAUACUGGUGUUGUGCACAGAUAUGAUGCACGCUCGGUUAUGGAAUGAGCGUGGCCAAAAAAGAUUUGGUUGUGUUAUUUGUACACAGUUCAUUAAAAAAUUGCGUACACUGGCAUUUAUUUGUGAUUCCAUAUUUUUGGAUAGCAUUUUUUACCCUAAAUUUCUGUCAUUAUUUACAGUAAUAUACCUUAAUUAUAAGGACUUUUAACAAUUUUAAUUUUCAACAUGUUCAUAUUUGGCUAUUAUCUAUUACUGAAGUCCUAAUAAAUUUCUUUUUGUUUUGUUUUUCAGAAUAUAUUUUCAAGGAAGCUUUCUUAAAUAAUCAUGGGAUUUUCAUUAUUUCAACUAAAGUUGCAUCAAGAUAUACUUACCUCUAAAUGAAACAGAUAUUUAUGAUGCUUGAUGACUUGAUGUGUGACAUAUAUUUAAUAUAAUAUAUCAGCACCCUUAAGUUGUUAUUUGAAAGUACAUUUUCUUUUUAGAAUAUAAAAAAAACAAAUAUAUAAUGUCUUCAGCCCCUUUAUCUAACCGCAAUCGACCUCGAAAUAGACCCAAUACAAACAUGCCAAACAGGUGAGUCGAUAUGAAUUAGUGUAACAAAAUUAUGUAAAUUUGUAAACUGAAUUUUUCUAGCUUUGCUUACUUUUGAGUUAACCAACUAUUACUUUAAAAAUUUAAUGAGAAUAUGAAAGUAGGCCUAUUUGUUGUGUUUAUUGAGGUUUUUUUUCUUCUUACUUAAUAAGCAACAGGAGUCAAUAUCAAAACAGCUUCAACAGUAGGAGGGAAACUCCUGAGCCUGAGGUAAUUUAGUCCCUUACCAUAUAAGCCUUUAUUCAAAGCUGCUUUUAUAGAUAUAUUUUGCAUAAUAUGUAUUACUUUUAAUUAUUGUAAUGUUGUCCUGACUGGAUGGACUGUUCUGUUCCAUUCAUGACACUUGUGACUUUAAUUCUACAUAAAUUAAUUUUAACCACGAUUUACAAAAUUAAUACAAAUAGUAAUUUUUUUUUUUUUGCUUGGAAAAUUUUCAAAAGAAGUUGAACAAUACUUCUAUUUGAAUGUUAUUUACAUGCCAGAUAAAAUUAAUUUAAAAAUCUCUUUAAACUAUAGUCCUCUUCACCUCCUGGAGUAUAUGCUGAUCCUCGAACGGCUAUGGUCCUUUGCAGUUUUAUGGUAAAUAAUGUUAAAAACAUCGUAUUAUAUGACUUGUAAUCUCAUAAAACCAUAUAUUGAAAUUUGAAGUAUAUCUAAUUAAAAAAGAAAAGAAUAACUUAAUUAGGCUUUUAAAAAACCAGUAACAUCCCUUUUUAUCACAAGAAGGGAUGUUUUGAAAUAUUUAUAAAAUUGUGUUUCUUCCCAUUGUGUUAAACCCCCAAAAGAACUUUCUUGAUAUCUUUCUGAGAUAAUUUGGCAGUACAUUUGACUUUUUUCAUCUUCUGCUUCAGAAAAAAUAGUUCACACUGUAAUUAACCUAAUUUAUUUAUUUGAAAGAUGGUUUUGGCAUCUAAGUCAAAAGGGGAAUAUAGCAACAAGUAGCUGCAGAAAAUGAAUAGUGUUAAUUUUUUUAUUUUAAUUCUAUUUAUUUGCAGGAAUUAACAUUUUUACAUUACUUUUGAAUCAAAAUAGUAGCUCCUUUGUAAAUUUGUAGGUUGUAUUUAAUGAACAUGUUUCUUAUUCACUUAGUCUUGUUAAACAUAUUGACUCACAUUUAUUUACCAAUAUGUAGGGAACUCGCACGACAGUAAAAACAAAAAAUGGCAGCACAUACAAAGGACAUACAACUGGCUUUUCUGAAAAGGUAUUAAAUCUUUUUUUUCUUGCAUUUUGUUUUGCUUGGCUAAGUUGAAAAAAAUGCUUUUGCCACACAUUAUUUCGUUGUCAAAGAAUGAAGAGAGUGCUUAUAUAGCUGCCCUGCAAUAAAACAUAUUACUCAUGCCUGCUAAAUUGCUCUGGUUAUAUGUUCAUUUUAAAGAAGUUCAUAUUUUUAAUGCCUGAAAACAUGGCAGUAAACGAAGUGGCAAAAUAACAACAUAUUUGAAAUUAUCUUCAUUAGCAAUUAUAGCUGUUGGAUCAUUUCUUAUGAUUCAAAUAAGCUUUUGAUCUCUCUUACGCCUCACAAAAAUGUAGGUGCUGCUGUGCAGCAUUUGCUUGACCUUGAUUUUGAUAGAAUUUAUUCAUAAUUUUGUCUUUAAAAAACUAGCCUGCCAUUUUGUGUGUGUGUAUUUAUCAGGAUGAGGCUCAAUUGUUACGUAAGUUGUAUGAGGUUUUGGUCCUUAACAAUAAAAAAUAAACAUGAAUUUUCAGGGUGAUAUAGCACUAUGUGAUGUAAAGCUGGACGAUGAGGACAAUUCUUUGAACCCAACCUUGCCUGGAAUCAUUAUUCACAAGGAGCGUUUUGUUGUAUGUAAAACUAAUGGGGUAGAUCUCAAAGGACUCUGUAGUGGUAAGAUUUCAAUCAUGUUAACCGACUUGUGUCUAAUCUACUUUAGUGAAAACUUGUUUUCCUGCCAACAGGGAAUAUCUUUAUUUAAAUUUUUUUUAUUCAGUACAAAAGUUAAGGAAAUGUUAUAAUAAUGAUUACAAGAAUUAAGGUUAUCUAGAGAAUAACCAUUAAAUUAUAUUUGGAUUUGACUAUAGCUGCAUUUCAAAAAAAAUAUUUGCGGACAGUCACCAUGGUCACUAUUGUCGGUUAAUAUUAUUAUCUACUGAUGUGUAAUAAUAUAGAUGAUAUUGUCUGUUUCAGGCAUAUCUUCAACUCUAACAUAAUCAAUAUUAUUUUCAACAUUAAUUUAAAUAAAUUCUACAUUGUUCUGUUCAGUUAUUUAAUCAUCUAAACUAGCAAUCUAUUAUACUUAGGGGCUUGUCAUAAAUGAGCUUGGAAAUAUUUGCUUGUCUUUAAACUCUCAUAACUUAUUAACAAAAGAAGGUAAAAGCAUGGAUUUCUCUUUUUAAAAAGAGCUUGAGUCGUGAGUGCAGCAGUAAAUUUUAGACAAAUGUAUGGGGGUUUAGUUUCUAGGUUGUCUUGAAGAGCAUCAUAUGCCACUAUGUGCCUGCCAUGCCACAUCCCAGCAUUGUAGGCAGGCGCUGGAAGGCAAAAGCAGGCGCUUAUGGCAGUGGAGGAUUGAAGCUGGGUUUUUUUUAGAUUAUAUAAUGAAAUUUUUAACUGAUUCAUUAUCUAAUUCACUGCUUUUGAAAUGACAUUGUAUCACCGUUUAAAAAAACCUAGAUUCAUUGAAGCAGAUUAGAUUAAAUUUUUAUGAAUAUUUUUUUCCAGCAUCAUCAGAUUUCAUAGACUCGGCAAUAGUUAAUAGAGCAAAUGGCAGCAAUGCUGAUGGAUCACUUCGGGAAUUGCAACCUUGGCAAGAUGAUGAUGCCUUAGAUAUAAAUCAAUCUCUUUCUCUUGAUGACUCGGUAAUGAUUCAUGAGCUUUAAAAGUUCUCUCUUAAAGAGACAUCGGUAGAAAUCUUGUAUAAAUUAAUGUUGACUUAAAUAAAAUAUUUGUAUCAAACCAAGAUUAGGAAGAUCUGGAAUUGGUACUAAGCAGAUAAAGUCCACCCCAUAGAAUCCUUGAUAUUCAUAACUUAGUCACAUUACCUAAUGGACAUGUGAUGUUUUUAUUUUCUAAUUGAUUACAGAAGGGAGGUUGGGAACCAACAGCCAUGUUUGCAGUGAAUACUGAAAAGUUUAAUGUACAAACCUCUUAUAAUGAGGCCAUGCCAGAAUACACGUAAGUAAAAAUUUAACUAUGAAUUAAACUUCAACAUUAGUUGUUUACAAAACGUCAUAAUUCAUUACUUUUUUUAAUGACCAUUUAAACAUUUAUUUCAGAACCAGACUUCCUGACCCUACUUCUGAAGGAUAUGAAGAGAGACAGAGAUUUGCACAAAAACAAGCUGAAGAGAUUGAACGCAGUGAAGCUUACCAAAAUAGGAUCGCUAAGGAGCUUUCAGAUGGAGAUGAAGAGGGCCGUUACUCAGCUGUACACAGAGGAGGAGAUUCACAGAAUAUUCAUCGUUCACUUGAUUCUAGCAACAGUGGGGGGAAAAACACGUAUGUAGUGAUAAAAAGGGUGCUUGUAAUUUGUGUACUUGUACACAAAUAAUAUAACAAACAGUUAAUAUUUUUUAAACUUUGUCAUGUUUUUAGCACAUUUUAUUUGAUAAAAAACAGAUGCUUGAUUUAAAUAUUACAGUGUUUGCAUCAAAUGUAAAAUUAUAUUACAUUUCAGAUAUACUAUUCCACCUUUAAGAAGUGACAGUGAAACAAAUACAAUGCGUAAUGGAGUCACAAGAAAUCAAGGGAGGACAUUACAGAGGCAGAAUUCACCUUACAACUCUUCUAGCCAACAGCAACAACAUUCACAUCAACAUUUACAAAACAGACAGCCAAUAAACAGUCAUUACCCACCACCAUCAGCAGGGUCACUCAGAAAUCAAGGGCCUCCAUCUGUGCAUCGACAACAGGCGCAGAAUCAUACUUCCCCAUCACACCCUCACCAGUACCAACAGCAGCCACCCCCACAACAUCAACCCAUGCAGUCACACACACAGCUGCCAACUCAGCAUCAAAGACCUGUACCACACCAGCAACCACCAAUAGUUUCUCCUACACAGCACACAAGCGCCAAGUCACAAACCCCUAUUCAUCAUCACUCAUCUUCACCAUCAAAUAUACAAUCUUCGUUGCAACAGCAGCCUCCCCCUUCUCAGCACCAGUUGCCCCAGAAAAUUAGUCCACCUCAGGCCCAACAUAAUGUGGCAUCUAAUAAAGGUGCACCAAGUGUAAAUGGCCCAGUUGUACCAGCAAAUAUAUCUCGGCAGCCUAUGAUUAAACAAGUUAAUGGAGGUAAUUUUGGUCUGAUACAAAUAAUGAUUUUAUGUUUCCUUUAUUGAUUGAAAUAGCAAAUAUCAUUUACUCUAGCUGAAACAUUCAAAUUGAUAAAAAUUUCAUUCUAAAAUGUUGAAAUAAAAAAUUUACAUUUUCAUAGGCAAGUCUAACCACAAUAGCUAAGAAUGUAAACUUAUUUCCACCAUCACUUUUUUUAAAUAGAAAUCAUAAUGAAAGAAUGGAAAUUCAUUGAUAUAUUAAGAACAUUUUCUUUGCCAAUAAUCUUUUCAGAAGGUCAGAAUAGUAUUGAUUCCACCCCAGAGCGAGUCAAUCAAGCUGAUUUGAACUCAAAUGUCAUUCAAAAGACUCAAGAUCCACCUGUAUCUUCUUCAGCAAAUUCAGUAGUAGAAAAUCAACAAAUAGCACCAAACACAAUUGCCACCACUUCUCCUCUAACAGUUCUUCCUGGUGAUAGAAGAGUGGGUAGAGGCAUUGAAUCAGGUCCAGGUAUUUUAUUUUAUUUCUACCUGUAACAGCUUUUUGUUGUGCUGGACUUUUGGAGGCCUUUUCGAUUGUGUCUUUCAAUACAACUUUCAAGUCUUGAUUUAGAAUCUAUUUUAGAGUUAGCAUUAUGACAUACCUGAUUAACACAGGAUCCCAGCUGCAGACCUGUUUACCGCUACGCUUUUGCCAUAGUAACUAAGUUUUUAAGACGAAGGCACUGAACGAAUCUUUAAAAAUUAGUUUCUGGAGUUAUUUCCAUUUGUUUAGUUUAUUUUAUUUUAUAUAAAAAAUUAGGGUGUUUUGAGUAAAAAGUUGCUGCAUAUUUUUGUUACUGUAAGCAAUCGAAUAAGAACGAAGUGAUUAACCUUUGCGAUCUCAAUCAACCGACCAGAAUAUUUUUCUGUUAGAUGGGGCAUUAAUUGUUAAUACUUUAAAAACUGCCAAUGUAUUGUCUAUUGCUUAGUGAUAGGAUUUGGCCUCAAUGCUGUAGUAAAGGGGUCUGCAAACUGGCCUGGCAACUGAUAUUAAGCAGCCCUCUAAAACAUUAAGAAAUAAUAAAAUACUUUGUUUUUAAGUAAUAUUGUUCAAUUUUACAGAAUUUCAUGUAACAUUAAGAUUGUUUUAACAUUUUUGGAUCGAAUUUCUUUCAAAUUUUCUAUUUCUUAAAAAAGUCCUUGACUUUUGUCAAGUAAUGCUGAAAUGCGAAUUUGCUGAUUUUAAUAUAGAGAAAUGUUUAUCGAUAUGUAAAAAUUGGACAUAACAGCCCCCCAAUAGCUUAACAAUUGUCAAUGUGGUCCUCCACACAAAAAGUUUGCCCACCCCCGCUGUUGUGCCUGCACUUUCCAAGUUUGGGAUGUUUUUGUAUUUAAAAAGAAAAUUGAAGUUUCAUACCCUACUGCCUUUAAAGUUUGUUUUUCUGUUCAGAUCACCUUUAUCAACAUAUUUAAGGGUAUGUGCCAUCAAUUUCAUACAUACACAAGGGGGGGGGGGGCUGUCAAUUUUGGAAGUUUUAUGUUGAAAGGGGGGGGGGGCUGGCAGAAAGUAUGUACUUUAAAAAAAUUCUGCAGUAAUCAUCCUGAAAUUUUGACAGCCCAUAAAUAGCUAAUUUAUAUCUCGAAUGCUGUAACAAUAUCAGCAAUGUUUUUUAGGAAUUAUGGCCAUAAUGUUGCCUUGUGUUUUCACAAAUGAGCUUGUUAAAAUAGUACUCAGUAGUACUAAGUAGCAGUAUCUCUUAUAUAGAAUUUGCUUCUGGUGUGGCUGCUUCUUUUUCACAAAUGGCCCUCCCCCUACUAAACCCAGAGGGACAGGGCAUAUACUAUGGGAACCCCUGUGAUGUAACAAUUAUCUAUAAAUUAUUUUAUUUAUUUAUUUUUUUUGGGGAGGGGGGUGUUGAAAGCUUCUUGUAAGUAUGCAUGGGGGGUGUCAAAAAUUUUUCGUGCAACAGGGAGUGGGGGUAGAAAAUAUCACUUUAAAUGGAUGACCCCCUCAGUCAAGUGUACAAUUAUUUUCUUAAAGUCAUGUAGUUUUUCUAGCCUUUAAUUGUUAAAUAGGCAUUUUAGAUAGAAGAUUAUUAUGUCAACUAUGUCCAAUGACUAAAAAUAAAAUGGUCCAUCUAUUGUCUGCUAUUGACUGACUUUUCACAAAGCUUAGCCUACUUUUUUUUUCGGCUUUACUGUAAGCCUAAUGAUAGUUAAAAUACUAACUCGAAUAAUAGUAAUAAUCGAAGGUUACAUUAUGAGUCAUACCCAUGCUUAUGAUCAAAGUAGAGGAAUUGUUUUCAAAUUUAAUAUAUGAUAUGCGGAUUGUUACUCACUGACUUGUAUUGGGAGAAAUUAAUCUCCUAUUUUAAUUUUAAUUGGCUCGUUGUAAGCAGUGCCUAACAAAGGACGAUACCAUAUAAUCAACAAUAUUAAAGAUACGACCCAAAACAGUUUCUAGUUACAAUUAAUUAAGAUUUAUUACGUCUUAAGAUAAUUACAAAAUAAAAUAAAAUAAAAUUACAAUCUUCAACUUACAGUAUGGUAGAUCUCGUACCGGUACACAGUUAAUACAAUUAGAAAUAAUGAUGCCAAUAAAUAAUGCGAAAUAAACAGUAUGGUAGAUCUCGUACCGGUACACAGUUAAUACAAUUAGAAAUAAUGAUGCCAAUAAAUAAUGCGAAAUAAACACAUAUAAGUAGGAGCACACAAAUACACAAAGAAUAAAACACGCCUCGUAUGUUAAGAGAAUCUAUAUGAAAAUCUCCGUCCCUCGUCCGUGUCUGUCAAUCCCUUAUAUAGGUGUAGAGUAAGACGCUUCCAGAAGGGCUUAUGACGUGUUGUUUACAUAUCUCGGGUUAAGGAGUACAUUCCAGAAAGUACCCGGAAACAUUAUACCCAAUGCGUAAUUGGAAGCCGAUUGUAAACAAGAUACUUCAAAGGCCUAAGCCACACCCCUUUGUGAACACAGCGUCUCAUGCGGGGUCAAUCAGAGGGCACGCACGAGAAAUAUUAUGUAAACAAGCUCUCUAUAACAGGAUACACAACAGCAGUACUUUGUUAACUUAGUAUUUUGAUUGUAAAACGCCCCCCCCACCCUCCCAAUUCUCCCCCUGGUAAUAGACUAAAGUACCCUUUAGAGCUUGAAACUACUUUUUUGAGAGCUGAAAACUACUCUGGCACUAACCUAUGGGUAAACAGGUCUGCAGCUGUUCACAUUUUGGUAUAGAUUUGAUUAUCCCAAAAUGUGAAGACAUUUUGGGAAAGGAACUAAAUGUUUUUUUAAAAUGUGUAUGUAGACAACUGAUGCCUAUAAAAUCAAGACAUUUUUUUAAAAAUUUUCUCCAACAGAAGAAAGACAAAAAAUUUCACGCAAUUUACAGGACUUUCAAGAAAAAUUUGUUCUGGUAAGAUUUCUCAUAUCGGCCAUAAAUACCUAAUAUUUAUUUAUUUUUUUCUUCUAACUCCACAUUGUCAUCUUUUAUUAAUUGAUUCAAUAGAUGAGUUUUUCUUUCAUAAUUCAAGAAUCUGUCAUAUAUUUAAUGAUUGAUGUGAAAAGAAAUGUUUUAGUUUUUUAAUCUAAUAAAUAAAUGAUGUUUUGGUUCUGCAUUUAAAAUAUUUAUGCCAUGUUGUUUAGGGGCCUCAGGAUACAUCUAGACAAGAAGACACAAUUGAUGAAGCCUCAUUAGCUUCAACACAAGGGACAAGUGUAGUCUCACCACCUGUUGCUCUACCACCUGAAAUAGUUACCUCAAUUAUAGAAACAACAGAUGUCUCCACAUCUUCCAAGACUGCUGAAAAAAUGGAAGAUGAGGAAACACCAGUCAGGUAGGCUUCAUAUAGUUUACUUAACAUAUGUUAAAUUCCUGUCUUUGAUUACUGAAACAGACCUGUUUAGUCUUAUGAUUUUGGUAUACAAUGUACCAUCUUGAGAUGUCUUUUACGAUUGUACACCAAGACCUGUCAGUGUCACGAAUAAGCUCGUGUGACUCUGUUGUCUUGGGGUAUGAUAAUUUACCAAUACACUGUCACUGUACACUAGUACACAAGAGUACAUAAACACUGGAAUCAAAUAAGUGGUUAUUAAUAAUGAGCUUUAUUAUAUUAUCUGCAACAAUUUAAUCUAACUAAUCUCCCAUAAGUACUCUGGGUUCUGCUAACAAGUUUAGCCAAAGAAUCACAGAUACUACUUGGAUAACAUUAUUAUUCACUACUACUACUACAGUUACUAUUACUAACAACACCAACUAACAAUAACGCUGAUACGUGCCAUACUUAUAGUUCGCCUGGCACAAAACAGAUGCUCACGGAUUCUAACACCUUGAAAGUCAGGACUCUGACUUUUAAGAGACUGGGUUACCAUUCCUGUUGCUUUUCUGAUUAAAAAAAAUUUGAAAAAAAUUGGUAGUGAAUACAAUUGGUUGGAGACCAUCAAUAAUUACUGUUUGCCCUGAGAGGGGAAUGGAGUUGUGUUGAUUUUGGAGAUUUGGGAUUAUUUGUAUAGGUGUUUGUGUGGGGGGUCUAAUUAUUUCAGUCUAUAAAAUUAACACACCUACAUUUUCGUAAUGAUAGUGGUGAUGGUCAUAAUGUUGAUUCAUGUUUUGAUAAUAAACUCACUAGACAUGGCAACAGUAAUAAUAGCAUUGUUGCUCUAGUGACAAUCUAAUCCAUCCUGGGCCAUACAUAUAGUUUGUACGCACUGAGGGGGGAUUUAGAUUUUUUUUAGAUUUUGUGUACAUUGUACGUAAGGCGAGGUGGGGGUGUGUGUCUCGGCAGAAAGUACAAACGUUAUUAAAAAAUGCUACAAUAUUCAUCCUGAAACUCUAUAAGUAAUAAAAGUAGCAGAUUUAUAGCUCAAAUGCUGUAAAUUUAUCUCGCAUUGUUAUGUAGAAAUUAUUGUCAAAAUGUUGUCAUGUAUUUUCACAAAUGAACUGGCUAGAUAUACUCGGAUGGUACGAUACUAAAUAGUAGAGGUAUUACAGUAAUAUUUAGUUCACAGAAUAUUUUGUUACGCUACGCCAGUGGCUCUAAAAUUUACGUUUCCUGGCAAAUAAAGGUUUCCACCAGGCUCCUUGUGUUAAAUUCUAACAAGUACACUUGGAAAUAACAAAUACAUAUACAAAAUAAAAUCAAGGGUUGGGUAAAUAUAUAUUUAACAUGUGUGUAGGUCACUAAAUAAAAUGAGUAAAACAGAGUAUGGUUAAACCUGAAAAAUUAAACUCAACAAAACAGCGAACGUGUCGGCAGAAAGCCUUCGUCAGCGAACAAAACAACAGAAAAAACGUUAUAAAAAUAAGAAAUAGCACUUAGCUGGUAAGUAGUAUCUGUGGGCAGCAAUAGAAGUGUGGCAGAAGGAAACUGAGUGAGAGUUUAAAUAAGCAGCGGCGAAAAAAGGGGGGAGAAAAAAGUUCACUGUGAUAGGUCAGAACGUGGAGGGGCGGAGCUAGGGUCAAGCUGUGAACAGAAGCGAACGUGUCGGCAGAAAGCCUUCGUCAGCGAACAAAACAACAGAAAAAACGUUAUAAAAAUAAGAAAUAGCACUUAGCUGGUAAGUAGUAUCUGUGGGCAGCAAUAGAAGUGUGGCAGAAGGAAACUGAGUGAGAGUUUAAAUAAGCAGCGGCGAAAAAAGGGGGGAGAAAAAAGUUCACUGUGAUAGGUCAGAACGUGGAGGGGCGGAGCUAGGGUCAAGCUGUGAACAGAGACAUAACAUUAAUCCCAUCUGGCGUCAAGGUGCCGUAAGUCAGGAUAAGUCUGUGUUCCAAAUUGACCCGGCUGGCGGUGUUAGUGCUGGCCACAAUCGCACUUAUUGAAAAGUCCGCCUUGCCCCGGUGGUCGCUACUAUUGAAGUGUUUGGAGACGGGACACUGUUUAUCUUGUGUAAGGUCACUAAGCGCCAUCUAGUAAAUGCAGUUACUCAAGUGGGAUACUGUUUAAACCACAACACUAGAUGUUACAUUGGAUUAAAAGUGGAAAUAAAAUUAUGAAAAUAUUUUAAUAUUCCACAACGCCUCUGCGAGCAAACUGCAGCAAACCCAUAUAUUUAAAAAAAAGAAGGGGGGGAUGCGGCGUCAAAAAAUGUAUUGGGGAGGGGGCAAAUUUUUUUAUUUUUUUUUGCGUAUAUGCCAUAUAGAUUGGCCUUCACAUUUGUUUGCUUCGGCCCUGCAUGAUGCAAUUUUGUGACAAUUAUUUCUUAUGGUUGAGCCAGGAUAAGUGUAGAAACUGAGAAAACUAGAGAAUGCAUUUUUCAACUGUUCCGCGAGCAACAUGAGCCAAAAUGAUCAACACAUUGAUUGUGAGCUCUCAAAAUAUAGAAGAACAUUAGAUUUCGACAUUUUUGUUUAGGAUCUCUGAGAGGGCCCUUGAAAUCCUUUUUUUAGAACGCACAAACAGCUGUAAGAUUUUUAAUAGCCCCUCUGCCUUUCAACUGUUUACAGGGUGUGGUAGUUACCAUACUAUAUAUCAUCUACUUUUAGAAGCUGCCUUUUUUGAUGUCAGCUGAACUUGAUCCAGCUAGACACGCCAUGCGAACAGUCAUUGUAUACAUUAAAUAUACUGUUUGUUAAUUUAUUUACUAUUAAGAUACUGUACCUUGAGAUGAUAUUGUACGAUUUUAGUAGUUUGAGGGUAAACGACUCUGCUGAAAUACAAAAUUAUGCUGAAAUACAAAAUUAAUCAUAACAUUAAGUAAUUUUAAGUUAUUGUUCAGUUUAUUAACACUUUUAAACUAGAAUUGGAAUGUCAAAAUAUGGUUCUUUCACUGUUAAAAGCCUAGUAAAAUGAGUUAUAAACAUUUUUUCUACUUCACAGUAAAUCAAAGUUAAAUCCCAAUGCAAAGGAGUUCCGACCUGUGAGUUGUUGUCAGAUAUUGUUUUCCUUCCUAUUUUAAAGUAUUUUGAAAUUCAUUUAUUAGUACAUUUUUGCAAACGGUUACUUAAGAGAAAAAAAUAAUUUACAUCUCUACUGAUUUUUUUGUAUUUAUCAGUUAAGCUUUUUACAUUGGCUGGUCACAGUAUUUCAUUGCUGAAUUGGACGUGCAGCAGCUUCUUAUUUAUUUAAGAUGUUUUCAUUUACCAUAUUUACUGGUAUUUAGGACACACUUUUUUCCCCUAAAAAAUAAGCCUAAAAUAUGGGGUGCGUAUUAUGCGUCGGUAUCGUGUAGAAUUUUUUUUUCUUCUUAAAAAAAGUGGAUUCUUCUUAUAUGCGGCUACCUCCUAUUUUCCUUUUUUGAAAUUGUAAACAGAAGUUGUCUUUUUUGAUAAAGAUUAGCGAUUUCAAAGAUAAAAAUGAUCAUUUGAAAUAAUUUUACUUAUCUGUCUCGAUUGAAAUUUAUUUAAGGAAACUUAGUUUAUUAAUUUUUAAAAAAAUUAAUAUUCGCCUUAGGUUUUCUGACUUCCUUAAACAAAGAAAAGUAACUCCGAUUUUAUAAGCAGUACUUAAAAGUACCAAAAAAAUUAUUAAUAAUUAACCAAGACAGUUGUACCUAGAAAUGGCUAACGAUUUAGAAAAAUUUAACUAAAUGGCACAAAAGUUAAGAGCAAUGAGAGAAAGUAACAUUUUUGCACUUGUGAAAACCAUUUAAAUAUUUAAAAAAAAACAAGAUUAAAAAUAAUGUUUUAAAAUAAAUAGACAUGACCACUUGGUCAUGAGAAUGUGUUUGGGGGGUAGGGGGGUAAUUUUGUUGCCAUGAGAGGGGUUGCUUGCGGGGCAUUCUGUCUUAUUCUGUGAGAAUUGUUUUUCUUUAUAUUGGUAUUUGUUUUCAUUUUUUUUAAAGUACAUUAUAAUAUAUGGAACAAGGAAGAGAGGAUAUGACAUGGAAAAAUAGUAUGUAAAUACUUAGCUGAUUUUUAAGUUUAGUUUUUGAUUUUUUUUUCCAUGUGAAAAUGAUGCUAUUACAUACAUUAAUUUUAAAAAUCUUUUGUAUAAUUAAAAAAUUUGUAACAGAAAGCUCAGAGCUCUACACCAAUUACAACACCAGUUGAAUUGCAGUCCCCAUCUCCUCAGCCAAGAACAACACCACCCCAAAUGGUUCAAUACCCUAUGUAUCCUGUGUUUAUACCUAAUGCUGCUCAGCAGAGAAAAAGAGGUGAAUUUCAUCACAUUUUUUACUUAUUUCUGUGCAUAUGAAUUUAGCAUGUUAUGUAAUGCAAUAUUGUAAAUAAUAUUUACUUCUUCGGGAUCUUAUACAUUACAUUGCAUAUCAGUUAUAAAUUGUAAGCUUGCCAAUUGAAUGCAGUGUCUUACUGUUACAGCCACUGUUUCACUCAAUACAGCUGGUGUCCCUGAGCUAACUGCCCAUCAUGUAACUGGUCAGCCCUUGUUGGCCACUCACACUCAACCUCACGCAGUCAUGUACAUGGCUCAACCAGGCCAGACAUUGCCACCUGGCUAUUCAGUAAGUAUUGGGUGUAAAUUGUGAUUAAUUCUGCUAUUAAUUCUGGGGCAGAGCUGGAAUAGUUUGUAUGGUCAUUAACUAAUUUUAGCAAUAGUAAAAAAAAUAAUUUUUUAAAGUUAAAUGAAUAGACUAAAACGUGCCCUUGAAAUAUUUGGACUAGAAAUAAAAAAAUAUCUUUGUCUGAAUAAAACCCUGAAAAUUGUAAUUUUCUCGCCAUAAUUUAAAAUCAAUAAAUCAGUAGUUGCAAAGGGUUAACAAAGAACACCAAAGCACAGUUCAUUGACAUAGGUCUAUUUAUUACAUUACAUAAAAAACUUAAUAUAUUACAAAUUUGUAACCCUGAUUUACAGGAUUGUUUUUAGUUAACUCAUUUGCUUAAGAGGUAUUGCAAAAACUAUAUCCUAUGUAUAUGUAUGUUGUUUGAGAUUCUUUAUAACUUUUUUGGGACUGUUGUUAUUAUUGUAAUAAUGUCAUGUUCAGUUUUUUUUUAAAUGCAUAUUUUGCUGUUUGUAAUGAAUGAUAUUUUUCAUAAGCAGUUUUACCCACAAAUGAUGCCCAGAAUGUUAGGUCCCAAUCCAAUAGCAAUAGCCCAAGGGGGGCAACAUGGAGGACUUGAACAAGCUCAACAACAGGUCCAACCACAGCCUGUGUUUAGUGAGUACAGUUUUUUAAUUUUUUUUUUAAAACUUUCUAAAUUAGAAUCAUUUGAUUGAACAUGUCAUAAAGUUAAUUCCUGUGAAUUCAAAAUUUAAUUAUUUUUAUUUUUCAGAAUUUACAGCACAAUGAACUUAUAUCUAAAAAUAUUUGAAAAAGUUUUCCAUUUUUAUUUGAUUGAGAUAAACAUAAUAAUUUAUUUAAUUUUUAAAUUAUUUAUCACUUGUAUUUUUGCUUAUUGGAAAAAGAAAUUAUAGAAUAUUCCGGUAUAUAUAAAUAAAUUUUGUAACAAAUUCAUUUCAGAUUUUGAUAAUCUAUUAAGACCUUUAUGGCUUUAAAACUAAUUAUAAAAUUUUUAGUCUUGAGUUAGAUGUUUCAAAACAAAUUGGUUAUAUAAAUUUCUUUUAUUAACUAUGUUCCCUCUACAAUUAGUGACAGCCCAACAGCAGGGAGUGCACGCACCAAUGCCAGCUCAUCUUAAUCCACAUCCUCAACCAGCACAUGGUCAGGCUUUACCACUCCAGUCAACCAAUCAACAACCUCAGCCUACACAUGUUCCUAAUCCUGCACCUUCACCAGUUCAGCACCAGCAGCAUAGCUCCCAGCAGAUUCCACAGCCCCUUCCCCAUCACAUGUCCCAAGGACCACCACAGUCGGUGACCCCUCAGCCUGCACAUUAUACUCAAAUGAGCUAUAUCCAAAACAUGCCAAGAACUACCAUGUCUGGUCAGCCAGGUCUAACAGGGGGCCAUCCAACAGUCAGCAUUGGCUACCCAAUGGCACAAUACACACCUUAUCCAAAUGGCAAUCCAGCCCAGUACCCAUAUGCCCCUGUAGCACAGCCCCAAACUUCCCAAAAUUCCUCUCAUGGACAGGGUCCACAGCCACAAUAUGUAGUGAUGCCAACACCAAGUCCACAAGGGCACCCGCCUAUGCAGCAACACCCACAAACAUACCCAGCAAGUAUUCAGUUUCAGCCCCAGCACAAUAUUAUGCAAGGUAUGUCAACCAAACCUAUAGCACACCCUACAAACUAAAUAAAUGUUCUUUUUUUUUAUGGCAUAAAAUACCACACUCCUCCAUGCCAUCAAUGAAAAUCGUACAAACCUUUUUGAAAGAAUUUGUUGCACCAUUUAGUUUUUGGCAAAGUUUUUAAAGUAGCCUGCCAAUAAAUGUUAUCUUCUUUAAAAAAAAAAAAAAAAAAAAAAAAAAAAAAAAAAAAAAAGAUGCUAAAAAAGACGUGGGGGUAAAUGGUGAAAAAAAUGUAAUGUGUAUACAUUAUAUGAAGUAACUGAGUUAUAAAUAUAGCGUUUUUUUUUAAUUUUUGACAGGGCCGCCUCAGAUGCCCCCAAACCAUGGACCCAACCCUAAUCAAGGUGGCCACCAUAUAAUCCAUUCUGGCAUGCCUGGGCUUCAUCAGCAAGUAUCAGGAUCACAACCUAGCAUGUAUAUGCAGGCUGGUAAGUUUUAAGUUCACAUUUUUAAUAUGUGUUGAGUGUUAUUGUGUUGUUAACCACUUUUUUCUAAAAAAAAUUACCUACAAUUAAUUGCAAUGUGCAUUUUUUAAACAACAGUUGCUGAUUAAUUAACGAAUGUGAUUAAAGUCUGAUUAAUUAAUACAAGUUUAGUAUGCAUAGUCAGCAAUUUGUAACUGUAGUGACACUUGUACUUCAUAUGGUGAAAUAAAGAUGUGUUUCAAGGUGUUUGAUAGCAUUGUUUUACUUCAUAAAUUGUCUGGUAUGAAUUUUUUCUGAGGUUAAUAUUUAUACAAGAAAUAAACAAGCACACUUUUUUAGUAAAUAUGACAACAAAAACAAGUUGAAAGUAUUUAUUUUAGUUUUGGAUGACUUGAGGUCAAAGUUGAAAGUCUGCUGUUUUGUUAUAUCCCCCUAACCUGUGCCUUCUGAGACACACACAUCCCUCAUUACUGCAGCAUUAUCUCUCUCUCUCUCUGCCCCAUAGCCCCUCAGUACUACAUGUCUAGAGAAGGCUCAAGGAGGUGACCACUGUCACAGUUGUUGUUUAUUCUUUAUUGUUAAUAUUAUUUUUGUUGAUUCCAUUCUUGAUAAACUAGCAAAUAAAUAAAUAAUACUUUAUCUUGAUGCCAAUUUUUUUUUUUUAAAUAGAUGCACAAGUUAAGAAAAUUUAAUGUAGCAUUAAUAUAAUUCUUAAAAUCAUCUCCUAUUUGAAUAUAUUUUAUGCUGAUGUUUGGGUAAAUAGUGUGUAAAAAAAAAAAAAGGUGCCAGAACUCUUAUGUUCAUUAAGAAAAUUUAAUGUAGCAUUAAUAUAAUUCUUAAAAUCAUCUCCUAUUUGAAUAUAUUUUAUGCUGAUGUUUGGGUAAAUAGUGUGUAAAAAAAAAAAAAAGGUGCCAGAACUCUUAUGUUCUUUUUAAAAACUAUACAUUUACUUAACUGAAAUUAAAUUUUGCCGAACAUAGGUGCCAAAAAACACCAUGAGUGUGACCCCCAAAAAAUACUGGUUUUAUGUAUUGAAAUAUAUUAUAUAAAUUUAAAAUUAAUAAAUUUAAGGUUAAGUAUAGUAAUGAUGCUUUAUAAAAUAAGUUAAUUCAUGAUUGUUUUCAUUAUGAAUAUUCUUUUCCUUGUUCUGGUUUCAACAUUUUGUAUGGUUUAUUUUUAGUUUUGGAUUUCCUUAUGUUAAAUUAUUAUUUCUUUAAAAAAAAAUAUUUUUUUUACACAAUUUACUUAUUGAAUAAACCUUCUUUUAAACAAACUUCCAACAAUCUAAAUCAUAAUGAAAUAAGAAAGAUUAGCUAAACAUGGUUUAGGUAACAUUAAGCAUUCCAAUUUUGUUUGUUCUUUGUGGACUUUUUGAAUAUUUCUUGUAGGUUGUGCAUUUUAGUCUUUAGCAAAAUAUUUUAUAUAGCCCUUGGAAUAUAUAUUUUGUAUUUGAAACACUAUAAUAUAUAUAAAUUUUUCCAAAAUGUUAUAUAAAUAUUCAUCUUUUAUUUUUCCAGCAACGUUACAACAGUUUCAGCACCAACAAUAAUGUUUACUUGGCCUUAGUUAAGCACGGUAAGAAACUUGUCUGGUAUUCUACUACAAUUGAAUGAUGUACAAAAUGUGUUAAUUAUCCGUAUUUACCUGAUACUGCCCACAAAUUCUCAUCACUUUCUUCCUUACAUGUGUUAUCAAAUAUUGUUGUCAGAUUUGAACGAAUUUUUUAUAUUUUGCACCGAUUAAUGAGUAUUUUGUCAGAGUUCCCACCAUGAUAGCCAUUUUGAAAUUCAAGAUAUUCAUGUCAUAAGUUACUUUGGAAUGUCAUACAUUGGCAAAAGGUGUUAGAUCAGCUUUUAAUUUGAUGCUUUACCAUUUGCAGCUCCCGUCAUUUAAUAAUAUUAUGAUAAUAAAAUUGAUAUAUUAAGAUUUCAAGGAAUUAUUUUAUAUUUCCUUUCAGCAUAUAGUUAAUAACUGCAUGUUCAUGAAAAGUAUUAGGUCUAAUUUGCUUUCAGCUCAUUAAAGUAUUUACAGAAUUGUUAUUGACACUGAUAGCCAAAUAGAUUAAAUAUGUUCACUCCAGUAGUCCUCUCUUUUAUUGCUGUAGUAUCACACUGACGAAGAUCAACAACAUAUUUGUUCAUUGUAUUUUUGUUGAAAAUCUUUUCAGAAUGCGUGUACAUGUGGAGAGAUGAAAUCAAGCUCACACUGAUUUAUAUGUGUUUGUUAUCUGAAUGGAUGUGUGCAAUUUUUGUCCUGUACUUCCCAAUGACUACUUCACAUGGUGCUUCAUUUGUGUCAUUCAAACAUGAAUCCAGCUCAAGAGGUGUUUGUAUUUGACUACACUGAAGAUGAAAUGAACACAAUAUCAGAAAACUCAUGUGGUUUGGCUGUAAAUGGUGCACCUGUUACUGGAAACUUUUAGGGGAAUCUUACAGACAGAGGCAGAUGCUCUUGUAACUUUAAACACUCACUUCACCCAACACUUGGCUGGUGUUUGACUACUGUCAGCACACAACAGAGCACUGACAGUUUGUACUUUCCCUCUUUUUUUAAUGUUAUGUUAUUAUGCAACUGGUGACCAUUUUUAAACACAGAGUAAAGUUUGAUAUGUUUGUAAUACCUGGACACCCUUAUGUUUUGUGUAGAAAUUAAAGCUCGGAUUCCCCGUAAUGGAUUCGCUGGAUUUAAUGACAACUUGGACUGAACUCGCAAACCUUCCACUAUUCAGUCUUUGCAGAGAUGGUGUAGCAAGAUAAAAACACAAAGCUUUUUAAAGCAUUGUUUUGAAUGGAGCAAUGCAAUAAAGACUGGAGCAUAUGGACAAGUUAUAGACAUAAUAAACUUGUCGGUCUCAUAAGAUUGGUUGUAAACAGGUUUUUUGUUAUGGACCCAUUGGAAACUCGGAAGUUCUCAUAAAUAAUGCAUUUAUUGGAGAUGGCAGAUGAAUUUUUCCAGUCAUUUUAGUCUGAGGAUUUUCCACAAUUAAAGACUGAAAGCUCUGGCAUCCAGUGAGGACAAGUUUGUAAUGUGGUUUAUAUCCUUAGCUAAAAACAACAGUUAAUUUAAGUUUCCCCUAGGGGGAAAAAGGUGUGCUCAGUUUUAAUAGAAUGUUAUAAUUUUAGAAAGUUUGGGUCAAUGUUGUUGUGGUUUCAUGAGGUCCAUGUUAUCCAGCGAUGCUUAAUCUCUUACCCUCAAGCUUGUUCGAUUCAGCUUAAGGUCAUCGAGUCCAAAUUCACAGUUAAGUUAUUUUUGGAAUGAAACUGAACAGCAUAAAAUGCUGUGUGUGAUGACAUUGUUUGUCCAUGUUAUUUUUAUUAAUUGAGAUGUGCAUUUGUAGGAGAAACAAGGAUAGCUUCAGCCAACCACUUGAUGGAUCUGUUGUUUUUUUUUUUUUUAAUGGCUGACUUUUGUUCUUCUACUAAAUCAAGCACUGGAUUCAUUCCCUUGGCUGCCUGGGUUAGUUUACAGCAGACAUUUUUACCUAAUGCUUUAGCCACUCCCAGGAUGUAUUCUUUUAAUGUGAAAGUCAUUGCUGUAUUUACAGAUUUUGAACUAUGAUUGUAUGCAGUAUGUUAUCUGAGGCCCUAGAAGAGUUGAAGUGAAUUCUAGUGCCAGUGUGAAUACAAACUCACUUAAAUGAGUGGAUGAAGUUUGUCAUGAGAGAAGAAACAAUCUUUUGAAAUGCCAUUUGAUUGAUUUGUAAAUAAUUUAAUGAUAUGAAGAAAAAUAUAUAUGCAAAUGUGUGACUGGAUCAGCUGCUUGGUGGUUGUGUAUGUCAAGCUUGAUAUCUGAGGUAUAACUGGUCAAUGCUGAAACUUUUUUUUAAUGGAGUAUUUCAUAAUGUGGCCUUACUUGACUUGUGUUUUUGGCUGCAAAAAAAAAAUAAAAAAUUCAUAAAUCAUUAGUGGUUCCCCUCACAAUGUGAAUAAUUUGUUUGGACAGCCAACAUUUUUUUUUUAAUUGUCAAAAUUACACUGAUGUUAUCACUGGAAAGUGUGAAUGAGAAAGUAGAGAGAUUUUUGUGUAGAUGAUGAGGCCCAACUGUUGACCUAAAAUGUGUGUCUGAUCAGGUGGGAGGUGCAGUGCCACAUUUGUAUACAUGGAUCCAUUUAUGUAUCAUAAAGCAGAGAAUAGGGAGAUUUUAAAGACUCAUACACUGUGAUGGUACCCUUAGAAAAAUAAGAGAUUUCUUUAUACACUGUGAUGUGUCUAUAAACUCCAUGGUUUACUUGUGUACAUGUGUUCAUAUGCAUGGUGUAAACUUAUGUGUGUACUUUGUGCUGGUAUUGAGAGCAAUUCAGCACAUGCAUAUCAUGAUAGAAAUAUGAGCUACUUAAAUUAUAUGAGGACUUGACUUAGCAAUUAGACUUGAUUUUUAGUUUGCAGUGAUUUAUAUGUUUAGCUACAAUACCAAAUUUUGUAGCAAAAAAAAAAUUACCUGUGAUGGAUGCAGUAACUGUAUCCAGUAUAGCUUUGAUAAUGUCGGCGUUCAUUAGAAGAACUCUAACUUGAAAUCGGACAGCUACAGCCUCUCUCUUGAGGCCAUGAGCUCAAAUAUUUUUGUGAACUUGAUUGAAAGGAAGCUACUUUUUCCUGUAUGUAAUUUUAUUUCCAUUCAAAGAAAUUAUGCUUCAUUAAUUGUACCCAAAGCAAGUCAAAAGUUUUAGUGCAAUGUGGAUGCCAAUCGAUUCUUUAUUCACUGCAUAAGGAGGCAAUAAUAAUGUAUUGCUCUCCUCGACUGAGCCAUGGCUCAUUUGGGUGAAUUUCAUUGACGGACUUUGGGAUAUUUACCUUUGAAAUGAGAAGCUUUGUCCCCAUAAGUUGUGCUCUGGAGGAUUUAAAGUUCACAUUAAUUACUACAGAUGCAUUUCUUAAGAAAAUAUUGAUGUAUCUGAACUUAGAUUUUGUCAAGGUGACAUUUUUACCAUUGAAUGGUUAAACCAGAUUAAUUUUGAUUGUGAUGGCCUGAGCCAGGCAAUAACAACUGUUCCUCUGGCUAUUUUUGUAUCAUUUUCUCAGUGUGUCUUCUUGUGUUUAUAUGAGAUCUAUAUGUGAUUGAUUACAUAUUUAAAGCAGUCAAAUGGCAAUGACUGGAAAUAUUUUAUGGCAGAUUUGUGAAAGAUUUUGGAUCUUAAAAAUGGAACUGUUUGCAGUUGGGCAUGAACUAAUUAUGUCUUUGUAUAGAUGAGAGUUGUGCAUGUGCAGAAGUGAACAAUUUAUCUCAAUGGAAGUAUUAUACAGAUACGAUUAUGUUCCAUUAGCAAUAUUGACAGUCCAGUGGGUAGCCCAUAUCAAAGUUUAUAAAACAUUAUCCAUAUUGUUUGUACACAAAAAAUUAUCUCUACCAUCACCUUUAUUUUCUAUUGUUUUUUUAGGUCUGUUGAAAAAAGUAUUGAUGAUUAUUCUACUUGUCCCCCUACCCCUUUUAUUUUCAAAUGGCUACCAAAAUUUUAUAUAAUAAAAACUGUCAUAAAAUUGUCUUUUACUUUAAUGAGAAUCUAACAAGAGAAUACUUCUUGUCUAUUGUUUUUCUUUUUUUCUCUCAGAUUUUGAAUAGGUUUCUUCCUUUUGACCUCUGCACAAUGCAUGAGGAGCAGUAAGCGAAUUGUGAUACCAGUUAUUUAUGAAUGCAGAUUAGAUAUUUUAUGAAUGAUGAUUUGUGUCCAUUUCUCAGUCCAUCUCUCAUCUUCCUUCUCAGACCAAAUCUUCCUCACUUAUUAACACCCCAAAAAAAACCAACCUUUUUCUUUUCAACCUGAAAUGUGUUUUUAAAAACUAUUUCUGUUUUGAAAGUCAAUCAACAUUUUCUUCCCGGAGCCAUUUGUUACUAAUGCAGUCCUUAAGCUUCAUUUUGUUUAUUUACUGCUGAUACAUGGGACAUGUCAGGUUGAAAAGUUCAUUCCUUUGUGAGGUAAAAAGGGGUUUUAUGUACUAUACAAAUGUAAAACUAACCCCUUACUGCCCACCAAGGACAAGUUGUGUAAGUUGUUUUAUUACUGGUUGUUGAUAUGAUGACAUUUUUCUUGACUUGUUAGUGUGUAACAGCCCUACAUAAUACAACUGUUGAUUUAUGAAUGGCCCGGGCAAUUGUUGUAAAUGCCAACAUCAUCAAACAUCCCCUAACAUGAUGAUCAUCUUAACCUUAGUUCAGAAUUACAUUAGAAUGUAUUAAGAUUUGAGGUUGGAACAGUUCAGGAUUUUUAAUAAGUAUAUGUACAUCAGAUGCAAAAUUAUUUUUCUCCUAUUUACAUCUGCUAAUGAAAAAUGGUAUUCAACUAGAUAGCUUAUUUUUUUUAAAUUCACUGAUGUGAUAAUGAAUGCAGCAGUCCUUUUUGUGUUAGUGCCCCGGCCAAACCAUGAAAUCCAUGCGAUUUAUUAACAGUUAACUACAGCUUUUAUUUUGCCAUGUAUCAUUUGCUUGAUAAAUAUAAGGUUACCGUCCUGACUUGACUUGGCAAAUAAGUUGUUUCAUUUCAUUCUACUAUUUGGUUAGUGCAUUAUGUAAUAAGUUAGGUCAUUUGCCAAGUGUGAAACCGAGCUGAAAGUUAGUUCUGUAGGAAAAUAUAUUUUAAAAUUCUUGUUAUUAAAGAAACUGCACCCCCUUCCAAUUCCAAAAGGUGGAUCAAAGAGGAAUUUAAAUUGUUCUUCUAUUUCCCAUUCCAAUUGAACUACUGUAAAUUUUAUUUUAAAAGACUACAUUAAUAUAAAUAUUGGAUACAAAUGGGACAAUUCUUAACCCUUGGACACCACGGUAAAUAACUUCCUAUACAAUAUUCAAUGUGGUCAAUGAAGGGUUGCCAGUUUAUUUCCAGAUAUUUCCUGCAGAUCCCUUUUUUUCUUCUUUUUUUUUUUAAAAAAGGCCAGUUUUUGAAAUUGAAAAGCUUACAUUGCUCAGUGGCCGCCCCUAUCCAAAUAGAACUCAGCAGUAGGAGACCAAUGCUGGUCAGUUCUGGGUGGUCUGAUGUGCAUAUACUAUACUGUACUUAGUUUGGAUAUGGCUGAAAAUCUGCUAUUGUAACUCUUUAGAUUUAAGAUUAGACCCAAAUUAGGGAGUGAAAACGAGUCUUAUUUAAAAUAAAAAUAAAAAUCCCAUGCAUUAUCAGAG